AUGCAGGCUAUGCCGGACAUGCGACAGCAGUCGUUCGACGAGAUCUACGGUCCGCCAGAGAACUUUCUGGAGAUCGAGGUCCGAAACCCGCGCACCCAUGGCGUGGGCCGCUCGAUGUACACCGACUACGAAAUCGUCUGCCGAACCAACAUCCCCGCCUUCAAGCUGCGCUCCUCGUCCGUCCGCCGCCGCUAUUCCGACUUUGAGUACUUUCGCGACAUCCUCGAACGCGAGUCGGCCCGCGUGACCAUCCCGCCUUUGCCGGGCAAGGUGUUCACCAACCGCUUCAGCGACGACGUCAUUGAGGGUCGCCGGGCCGGGCUGGAAAAGUUCCUCAAAAUUGUUGUCGGCCACCCUCUACUACAGACCGGGAGCAAGGUCCUUGCGGCUUUUGUUCAAGACCCCAACUGGGACCGAAACGCCUGGUGA